UUCGCGUUGACUCCGCGCGUCCGCGACCUGAGUCGCGAUCCUCAAUUCCUCAGUUGGAUUUCAGAACAUCGGAUAGGCGGGCGUGUGUAGGAUGGAUCGCUAACGAUACCAGCAGUUUUUUAUUCCGUCUUCUAAGAGUGUUUGUUUAUUACCUUCCGGCACAAUUUACGUACAUCCUUCUCGACGGUGGUGCUUUUUUCGUUAAUUUCUCGUAUUAUUUUUGGCGUUUUUUUUUCCUUCAUCUUUUAACGCUGUACCGAUUUCACGUCGAGAAGGCGACCGCCACAAGUUUGAAAGCGGCUUUUAAGAGUAGUACACCUACUCGUUUUAAAUAUCAUUAUCGCUGUAUCAACGUAUCAAGCAAUCAAGAUGGUCAAGAAGGUAUCGGAAGAGAGUGUAGAUAGCGGUGUGGGUCGCUGUAGCAGCCAGUCGGGGAGUGAACGCGAGUCAGAUGAGACUCCACGGGGCGCUGAGCAGUCCGCGCCGGUCGACAUCCCCGACAGCGAGGACAUGCAGCGACGUAAGGAAGAGGCGCGCAGGAAGCGUCGCAGGAAGAAGCGUUCUGGAAGCUCCGUUGUUACUUCAUGUUUCCAAGACCUGUACAAGUUGACGGGCGAGGUUUUGGGCGAGGGCGCAUACGCCUCGGUUCAGACGUGCGUUAACAUUUACACGGGGCUCGAGUUCGCUGUGAAGAUCAUCGACAAAGUACCGGGGCACGCCCGCGCCCGGGUGUUCCGCGAAGUGGAGACCUUCCACUACUGCCAGGGACACCCGAACAUAAUCCAGCUCAUCGAAUUCUUUGAGGACACGGACAAGUUCUAUCUUGUCUUCGAGAAGAUCAAUGGCGGUCAGCUCCUCUCUCGUAUACAGGAGCACCAUUACUUUUCUGAGCCGCAAGCGGCGGAGAUAGUACGCGAGCUGGCGAACGCCCUGCACUUCCUCCACGGGAAGGGAGUCGCUCACAGGGACUUGAAGCCCGAGAACAUUCUGUGCGUGUACCGCGACAGGCUGUGCCCGGUCAAGAUCUGCGACUUUGAUCUGGGUAGCGGCAUCAGCUUCACGUCGAGCGUAGCGAGCCCGCUGGCCACGCCGCAGCUGAUGACGCCGGUGGGCAGCGCUGAAUUCAUGGCACCCGAAGUGGUGUCCCUGUUCGCGGGCUCGGCUGCGACGCACUAUGACAAACGAUGUGACUUGUGGUCGCUGGGCGUCAUCGCCUACAUUUUACUCUGUGGGUAUCCGCCGUUCCGCGCUGACUGCGGAGCUGAUUGCGGAUGGGAGCGCGGAGAGAACUGCCGCGCCUGUCAGGAUCUCCUUUUCACUUCGAUACAGGAGGGUCGUUAUUCGUUCCCCGAAGAAGAAUGGUCACACAUUUCUUCUGAAGCGAAAGAUUUGAUUCGGCAACUGUUGGUGCGCGAAGCCUCCCACCGACUGAGCGCGGAACGCGUGCUCCAGCACCACUGGCUUCGUCGCGCCGACCCGCACGCCCAGCACCCUAAGCUGCAGACCCCUCAUAAUAUUAAACGGAACUUAUCCGCUCGCAACCUGUCGGAGUUCGCGGAGUCUGCGAUGGCGGUCAACCGCGUGAUCCAGCAGCACUUCUCGAUGAACUACUCGUACAUGGAGCGUCCGGCGGCGGUGCGGUGCAGCAAGUCGUGCUGCGGGGGCGCGGCGGGCGGGGCGGCGUCGCUGCUGGAGGCGGACGAGUUCGCGCCGCUGGGGCUGUCCCCGCCGGCCGAGUCGGAGCUGCUGCGGCGCCGCCUGCAGCCGCCGGUGCACUAGCCGCCGCCGAGCCCGCCGAACGACCCGAUACGGUUUCAUUUGAGCCAUUAAACGUGUAUUUUUAUUGAUAAUGAAAACGACUGAGUAGUUUUUACGACGUGUAGCGUGCCGCGGGCGUCCCGGGCUCCGCACCAGGCGUGGAUGAUAUUUUUGGAUUUUUAAAAUCCUCAUUUUGAAGUCGAGCUCGUACUCGUGUGCGGUCGCCUUCCUUUCGUGGCCUAUUCCUUGCAAUAAAUAGAAAUUAUGUAAUUUUCGACGGCGUUUUCGGAUCCUAGUCUGUUUAUGUGAUUGUUUUUAUGCAUUUUUACUGAUUAUUAAAAAAAAAAACGCAUCUCAAUCUUUAAAUUUCGAAUCGAUCUAUGAAAUGAGAAAGGUAGUUGAAGUGCGGGCGAUAUGUGACAUUUUUAUAAGGUGCAAGUGUAAAUAUUCUCGCGUUUAUUUCGAUCAUUACAUAAUUAUAAUAUUUUGGAUAUGUAAAAUAAGAAUAAAAUUCUCUUAGUAUUGUCCGACGAACAGAACGGAUGCUUGUGAAUAGAUUGUAUGAAACGUCAUAUAUGCUACGCUACUACAGUAGGCUACUUGCUACUUAAUUAACCGAGAGGCCGAAACAUUACACAAUUCUUAAAUUACUCAAAGAGUUUAAUGAAAAUCUUUGUAAAAGAUUGCAAUUUUUAAUAGAUCUACUAAUUAAAAUAUCUCGAACGAAUAUAUGAUGAUAAUUAUGUGUUGGCAAGUCGUCCUCUGUGAGUACCUACUUUAAGUGUUGCAUGGGGUUCCAUGGAGCUGCCAUAACAUUGUGAUCAGUUUGAAUACUUUUAUAUUGCUGAAAGAAUGUGGUGUUGAUAUUGUUAAGUGUAGACUUGCUAGACUGUAAUCCUGCGUAGUUCGUUGAUUGGACGAGGAAUGAAAAUGUACAAAUCAGUUGGCCGUUAUUGUUUACAUUAUAAAUUUUAUAUUACACAAAUUAUAAUAAAAAUUAUAUUUAUGUUUUGUAAUUCGUAUCUGAGUGAGUGGCUUUAAUCCAAUCAAUUUAAAAAAAUUACAUACGCAGAUGUUUGUUGAAAUUUUGUUUUACGACUAAAUCAUUGAUUUGAAAUGUCAUUUGAAAUACAGAUGUUUGAAUUUU